AGCAGCAGCAGCACAGCGCCGAGCUCCUGUCAGCCACAGCCCGGAGAGGCGCGCACACUAUGCCGCCCGUUACCGCGGUCCCCUCAGUCACCCUGGGGGCAGGGACACUGACACCUUACAUGUCGCCUGCUUCUGCUGAGGAGAAUGCACUUUGGAUCCGCUCCUAGAAAUCCUCAUUACUUGACAUAUUUUGAUAUUGCAUUCCAAGGAAGAUCACUGCAAUGAUCUGGAAGACCUUCCUAGAUGAGAAAAAUUAGAAUCAGAGAUCAAGCACCAUGAACGGAAGGACAUGCAAUAUGAACCACAGAGCAACUGGCACCCCACAGGGACCUGGAAUGAUUAGUGGACAGCAGAUUCCACCAAUAAGAGUACAUACAGGUACUCCAUGUCCAUCUUCUAAUAGUGCCACACCCAGCCCUGCUAAUGGGAGCCUAUAUUUAAAGAUGCCUCUGGGAGGUGGAGUGGCACCACAGAGCAGUGAGAGCACUGUCCAUUUACCUGCUUUAAGUCCUAGGAGACACGUUAUAACAAAUGGAAAACCUAUAUUCCAAGUACCACAACCACCUAACCUGCAGCCAUCUCUAUCCAAGCCAAAGCAACAGGAAUUUGGUUCUCCCUUUCCAGCAAACUGUGUGAAAGGGAAUGUUGCUUUUGGUCAGCAGAACAAGCCACAAGGAAAAGGCAGCUGCAACAAUCUUAUGGUCACCAGCAGUCCCAUGAUGGUCCAAAGAUUGGGUCCAAUAUCCCCUCCAGCAAAUCAAGCAGCAACAGCGUGCCAUCAGAUCAGCCCAAGCUUACACAGAAAUCUGAAUCUUCAGCACUUAGCUAUACCUUCAUCUGAUACCAGAUCGCUUAUGUCACGUGAAUCCCUUGCAUCUACAACUUUAAGCCUAACAGAAAGUCAUUCUACAAUGAGUGUUAAACAGGAAUGGUCCCAUGGAUAUAGAAUUCAUGCUUCUAACCAUGGAUCUCAAAACAGUAGUGAACCUGGAGAUCUACUAAGCAUCCCCCCAGGAACUUCUAUGUCCAAUAACAGUGUCUCAAAUUCAUUGCCCUCGUAUUUGUUUGGCAUAGAGAAUAACUCUUCUCCUUACCCUAGUCCUAGACAUUCUUCUCCAAGAUCACAUUCUGCACGGUCAAAGAAAAGAGCUCUUUCCUUGUCUCCCCUAUCUGAUGGUAUAGGAAUUGACUUUAAUACUAUUAUUCGCACUUCCCCAACCUCAUUAGUUGCUUAUAUAAAUGGGUCACGAGCUUCCCCAGCAACCAUCUCACCUCAACCAGAAGUUUAUGGCCAUUUUUUAGGAGUCAGAGGUAGCUGCAUUCCUCCAACAUGUGCUGGAUCAAACUCACAGAAAAGUCUUCUAGCUAUCAAUAAUAAUGUGUCAAUUCCAGAAAAUGUGACUGAAUAUCAGCGCAUGCAGCAACUCGAACAAAACUGUUUGCAAGCUGAUACAAUGAACAAUAUGGUAGUUCGACACAACCUUGGACUAAAUGACAGACAAACUAUUGGGGUCUUAAAAAGUGAAAGGCUAGAUGAUUUUCCAGGUGGAACAAUUGACAUAACGUCACAGUCUUCCCUUCCUCUCACAGCACCUCCUGCCCAUCAAGGUCCACCACCACCUUACCAUGCCCAUCAACACAUGCAUCAACAUGAACUUUUAAACCAGUCCCACCAGCUCUCACUCCCACCUCCAGGACAGGUUCCUUUACUCGAAGAAGAAGGAGAAAUAGAUGAUUUCAAUGGUAAGCAUUGUUGCAGGUGGAUUGACUGCAGUGCUUUAUACGAUCAGCAGGAAGAACUUGUACGGCACAUUGAAAAGGUUCAUAUAGAUCAGAGAAAGGGGGAGGACUUUGCUUGCUUUUGGGCAGGAUGUCCACGAAGAUAUAAGCCAUUCAAUGCUCGUUAUAAACUUCUCAUUCACAUGCGGGUCCACUCUGGAGAGAAACCAAACAAAUGCACGUUUGAAGGGUGCAAGAAAGCGUUUUCAAGACUUGAAAAUCUAAAGAUUCACUUACGGAGUCACACAGGAGAGAAGCCGUACCUUUGCCAGCAUCCUGGCUGUCAAAAGGCUUUCAGCAAUUCCAGCGAUCGGGCCAAGCAUCAAAGGACACACCUGGAUACUAAACCUUAUGCUUGUCAAAUUCCUGGAUGCAGUAAGCGUUACACAGACCCAAGCUCAUUACGAAAGCACGUAAAAGCUCAUUCUUCCAAAGAUCAGCAUGCUAGAAAAAAGUUACGACAAAGGACAGAGCUCGACCAAGAAAUCCUCAGUGAUUGCCUCACUAUUCAGCCUCUUCAACCAACAACAUCACCACAGGAUCCUGCAGAAAAUACGUUGGGAAGAUCUCCUGGCCCCGUACAUGACGUAUUUCCAGUUACUCUGUUCUCCAGUACUCAGUCAAGUCGAAGUGGAACAGCUGCUGGAAGUGUUCCUCAGUCACAGCCUCUGUCUUCUAGUCAUCCUUCUCCUGGAAGUAACAUGCAGUCUAGUCCACAUAAUGCUCCAUCCCAGCUACCUCCAUUAACACCAAUGGAAUCGGGCACUGAUCGAUUUUCACCUCAUCAUCUAAGCCCAAGGAGACUUAAUGCACCCACAAAUAUGAUGCCCAAAAGAACUCCACAGCCACCCCAAGUGCAGCAGUCAGGGGCAUCGUACUCAAAGACAUAUCCUGCAAUAGCUAAUGCCUCAGUGCAGCAAAAUGGUCUUCAUGUGCAAGGAUUUUAUGGGCAACUGCAGACAUUUUGCCCCCCAUAUUACAAUGAUCCUCAGAGAAGCAUGCAGCAUGGCAAUGCAUGCAACAUGGUGCCUCAGUUUGAAGACUGCUUGCCUCAUGGUUGUGGGAACAAAACAGACUUUGAUGUCUUUCAUAGGGCAUUCACAUCUCACUCUGGUAUUACAGUUUACGACUUCCCCAAUGGAUCAGCUAGCCUUUUCGGGGACCCACAGCGGAAUAACUCAGAAGAUACUAGCUUUCUGCAGAUUAAUGCAAUUGAUCGUUGUCCUAGCCAACUCUCAUCUGUUUACACAGAGGGAUGAAAACGGCUUAUCCAUAUCAUGUGCAUCAAUGCUAAUCCAUUUCAGACAAAAGACUUUACAAAAAGGAUCGUAGAAAUCAGUCCUUGUAAAUACAUGAAUUUUAUAUUUAAGGGUGAACCAGAAACUGGAAAUUAAAAUUAGAAUGUUAAGAAUUCACAAUAUAAAAAAAAGAAUGGAAAUUGUACAAACUAUUUAAAUGUAUCUGCUUUAAAUAUAACACAAAUCAAAUUCAUUUGUAUAUAGGAUCAAAUAAAUAGUUAUUCUACAUUUAUUAAAACCUUCACCAGAGGGACAAUGCGGCACUGCAAAAUAUUUUAUGUUGUCAAAAAAAAGUACAAAGUGUGUCACAUGCAUAAAUGCUCACUGAAACAUAUGACACAAAGAAUGCCUGGUCUGACCUGGUCUAGGCUGACUGUAUUUCUUUUUUUGGACAUCCAACUACCUGCACAAUAAAAAUGUGGCACUUGCUUGUAAACAUAAAACCACAACUGGUUUAAAACUGUCAUAAAAUAAAGAAAAUUGUAAAAAAUUAGUGAUCAGAUGCUAUAUACUGCAAAUAUGGCUCAAAUGGAUUUCAGUAGAUAUAUAUGUGUGUGUGCCCUAGUGUCUAUCCUAAGAAGCUGCUCUAAAAUUGUUCAGCCGUCGCACUGACCAAUCGGGGAGCUAAACAGGAGAAAAAGAAAAAAGAAGCAGUCCAAACUUCCUAAAGUAUAAAACGAUACAUACACUCCUGUAGCAAUCAAUCCUAAUUUGUUUUCCAGUACUUAUGAUCAGUCAUGAUGAACAGUGUAUUUUAUACAUAUAGUAUAAAAGAUUUGCACUUAUCACAAACAUUAAAAUCGGCACAUGAUUCUACCCGACCUAGGUGGUCAUUAAAAGGAUCUAUUUGCUGCUGGAUUAACAAGGAAAAAAAAACUGUGUGGACCUGCACAAACCUUUUCUUCUGCAUAGUGUGAACUGUGGUGACCACGAGUACUGUAAACCUUUAAUCUCCAGUUUACAUUUGAUUGCUACACCAGUGUCUGUCUAGGUUCAGUGUAUUCGCCUGCCUUGCCUAUUUUGCUCACAUUGAUCAUGUUUUAAUAAUUUUGUAAUUCAGUAGUAGCGGUUAAAGGGGUUGGCUCAUCUCACAUAUUCAUUGCAUAUCACUAGGAUAUGCUAUCAACAUCAGAUACGUGGUGGUCCCACCUUUGUGACCCGCUACUAUCUCCAUAACAGAGCCCCCGAAGUGAAAGAGAGCACACUGCACAUGCGCUGUGUGUUCUCUAUUUAUUGCUGUGAAAUUUCCCAAAAAUUUUUGAAGUCCCAUAGCAAUGACUGGAGAGUACACCGCAUAAGUGUGGCCACCACUCCAUUCAUUACUUUGAGACUGCUGGAAAUAGCCAAGAUGACGCUCAGCUAUUUUAAGUGGUGAAUGGAGGGUGGCCCUGCAUGUGCAGCUGCUCUCCAUUCACUUUGGGGGCCCCAUUCUGGAGAUAGCAUAUCCUAGCAAAAGGCCAUAAAAGUCUGAGACAACUCCUUUAAGGACUCCAUACACAUUAGUGUAUUGUCAGCUGAAUCUGCCAUAUUGUCAGAGUUAGCUAAUAAUCUAAUGUGUAUCGGAAGCCCCCGACAUCAUCUGUAGAAGGAGUGGGCAAAUAGAAUUUUUUUGCCUGAUCAUUUUGUUCUCCUGGGAAUAAGCCACCGUGAGAGAUAUCUGGCAAUGGCUUUCUCCUUUUUCCUCACUGACAACACAUACAUGUUCAGACAAACUUGACGUGUAUGUGUAUGGGGGAGUCGAAAGAGAUAGAUGUUGGCCAAACAAGAGUUUACUCAACAGCUAUUGAAGGUGCAUAGGCACCUUUACAAUAGCUAAGGUAGGGUUGGGCAAAACCAGCAUGUCACAUAUAAUCUACACCAGAAUUCAUCUUUUCAAAUACUUUUCUUUUUUUUUUUUGCUGAUCUUGAGUUACUGCAAUUGUUAUAGUUCAUCCUCAACUAAAGACGUAUUUGCAGUUCUGCAGGCUGCUAAGCUUCCAUCCAACCAAUCCCUGCUGGCCCAGUGUCUAUACAGAGCUUGCUGUGAUGAUUUGUAUUCUGGUAAGUGUAGUCUUUUCACUAGACAUUACACUGAUCUAAUAUAGGAUGUAAUGCAGAAAGCCAUGCAGCAGACUCAGAAGCUCAACUUCUGUUAGCAGAAACCAGCAGAACUGUGAAUAGAGCUCUGUUCUAUAAUACGUGAGAUGCUGAGAUACUCAACUUUUGAUAUUAUAAUUUGUAUUUAUUUAAAGUUUCCUUAGCUAAUAUAUGCAUUUCUAUACUGUAUGUCAACAUAUUGAAGCUGAACCCACAUUAUAAAUUACUGGAGUAUUAUUGAAUGCUGAGCUGAAAUAAGACACUAAACUAAUAUACUGACUAGUGUUGAGUGAAUCAAAGUAUCCGAAGUGGACUUCGAUCUAAAUUUCAGGGAAAAUUCGAUUCUCAGCGAAGCUGAAUUCGUGGCAACGCAUCAAUUUUUACUGAAAUGGCAGAAUAAAGAAUCACACUCGACUCAUCCAUUUGAGCACGAAGAGGCCGUGGUUGCCAUUUAGAUUGCACGGCGAUGUAUGGUCUCUUAGCGCUAAAAUCGAUAAGGUGAGUGUUUUUUUAACUGACGAAAUUAAUUACUUUGUGAAAUUUGACAAAGCAGCCAAAUCGAAUUUUUGUAAACUUUGCUCAUCUCCAAUACUGACUCAUGCCACUUCCACAUAGCAGUGUAUUGAUCUAUAUUUUGCAUUACUAUUUCAUAGGCUAUAUUCACAUCUCCAGAUAUUUUUUAGUUUUUUGGUUCCAUUGACUACUAUGAGGUCCAUUUGUUUUCUGUUAAAGGGGUUGUCUCAUUUCAGUAAAUUGAAUUUAUCAAGUAGAGAAAGUUAAUACAAGGCAUUUACAAAUGUAUUGUGAUUCUCCAUGUUGCCUCCUUUGCUGGCUUGAUUAAUUUUUCCAUCAAAUUAUACACUACUUACGACCACCCUGCUAUCCAUCAGUGGUGGCUAUGGUUGCUCACUUUAGGAGUGAGAUAACUCCUUUAAGUCUGUCAUUCUAUGGAACAAAAUAGUGCAGCAUGCUGUGGUAUGUUGUCCUGCAAUUUUCCCAAAAUCUAUGGCAGAGGCUCCAAAGAGAACCUAUGCUACAGAUGUGAACCUAGCCUAAACUAUCACCAGGAGGGGAACCUAAAUAGAGAAAGAUUGUACUGAAAACAUAUGCACCUUUUCUGUGUUUUAGACCCACUUUUGAUUUUGGCAUGCAAUCAUGAAUUCAGACAUGGCAGUUUUGUGGCGUCAAAAAGGUCACAAGUCAUGGCAAUGGGAACAUUUUCAUAGCAACUGCAAUAUUUAUGCAACAUUUCCUGAUCCUCGCUACUUUUCACAGCGGUCUAUGUUUAAGAACUAAAAGUGAGAUUAGACCUGGAUUAUGGCUCAUUACAAUGGGGGACUUUUCCAAAAGUCACAACCUAUGCCAGGCAAGCCCGUGGUGUAUUGUUACACCUAAAGGUGUAAACCACAUUACACUCACGCCACAUACAGUAUAUUAUUAAAGUGCACCAGUUCAUAAAUUUGGUGCAGCCACACAUAACUGAUUUAAAACUGACACAAAAACAACCGCAAAUAAUAAAUGGCCUCCAAAGUGUCCAUAGUAGAAGAAAUGUGUCGGACUGCAACAUACAGAAGCUAUGUUUUCCUCUUCACAGUGCUUCAAAUUUUUCAGAUUGAAUUGUUUCUGACCCUUUAAUUCAUAUAAUAUUAUACGAAGAAGACCUGAUACAUUUUUGAUCAUUACUUAUUUUGAGGAUUAGUUAUCCAACACUCAUAUCAGCCCCAUGGAAAGUAACUCUCUCUUAAACUAGGCUGUUAAAGAAUUUUCAGGCAUGAGUUGGGAAAGAUGAAAAUCUGUUCUAAAUUCCGCCCGUUUUCCUAUAGAAACUUUGUAAUGCUUACAUAACUUUUAUGGUAGGAGUCCAUAUUCUUUUUUAAAGGUUGAAUUUUACAAGAAUAGCUGAAUAGUCAACUGUGUAAUCACAUUUGGUGCAAUUUGUAAAUUAACAAAGAUGAGAGUUACUUUUUGCAUGGGUUAUAGAAAUGUUAGAUACAUGUGUUCCUCAAAAGGGUUGUCUCAUGAUGAUAACCUCUGUCCAUAUGCCAUAUUAGGGCAUAUGGACAUCACAAAGUCAGAGCAAAGAACAUGUUAAUAAGUGUUUUUUUAAUUCUGGUGAACUCAAGCCAUCUUGGUAUGAUAAGGACAGCCAUUCAUUUACCUGCUGCUCCUGCCAGACUGACUCAGGGUUUACUCAGGCUUCCUUUUUCUAUUCAUUGAAAUACUGUUUAAACCCUCAAAACCAUUUGAUGUGACAGUUAUGCAAUAUUAUUGAACUUCUGGAAGAGGUUACAUUUUUUUUCAUAGCACUGUUUUUAUAAAAGUCCAUUAUGUUCACUACAGGCUUGUCAUGUUCAGCAUCCAGCAUCCAUUAGCCUUGACUGUAAAUGUAAGAAAUAUUUGUACCUUUCAGAUGGUGCUCUGCAAUUAAAGGUUGUAAAACACUGCACUAUAGUACAAUAUACACUUUGUAUUUGGCAGAUAAGUGUUUGUAUAUCAUUUUAAUAAUUUUAUUGAGAAAACAUGGUGUAAGUAGAAAUGAUGCCAACGUUCUACCCUUUAGAAGAUGUUAAAGGGUUAUCCAAGACUAAAGUUUUUAAGAGACUUCAUUAGAGUGGUUGGACUUGUGGUGGGGUUCACAUUUACCUGGUGCCUGCCACUGGAUUGCAGGAGCAUUGUCCCACAGUGCCUUGGCAGGUCCCGGGUCUCUGGGAAUCAACAUCCUGUCAUUCAUACGGUAUGUCACUGGGUCAAGUGCAGGAUGAGUGACAGGUCACCGCCAGUGAGUGGCUGCAGUGAUCAUGUGAUGCCCAUCAAUAGGAUGUUGAUUCCCACAGACUCGGGACCUGCCGUGCCGGCCAUGGAGCGAUGCAGCUGGAAUCCAGGGGCAGAGACCAGGUAAGUAUGAACUCCACUUUGGGUCCAGCCACUCUGAAGAGGUCUGUUAAAAAAAUGUAGUCCAGAAUAACCUCCUUUAAGAUGUAACCACUACGCAGUCUUAAUAGCCAUUACUAUAAGUAAUAGCCAUUACUUCUUUUUUAGGGGAAGACUCCAUGAAGCCUAUACUUUUUCUCACUAUUAAGCAGAUAUUUUUGUCACUACUGUAUGAAAUGUUGGUGCUCAAGCGGUUUAUAUACAGAUUGCUGGAUGUACCCUCAUUGUAGCCAACAUAUGUAUCUUACCAUAGGUCUUUAGUGUUGACAUCAUUGCUGUGUUCUCAAAUCAACUAUGUUGAAAUGACACUGCACUAUAAGACCUUUCCAUUUCAGCACUGUAAUGGCUUCACAUUAAGACUUCACACAUACGUAUAUAUACAUACAUGCAUUGACUUCACACAUGCGCAACCUAAUUAUAUACAGUACUAUAUACACCUAUUCUCCUUGCUGUAAUCCUUAUGUGUAGAUACUUACUUUUAUGGUUUAACUCUAUGCAGUCUUUUAUAGAAGUGUUUAUACAUAAUGUAUUGCUUAAUAGUUGUUUACUGCUUCUGGAUUUUGCUAUGCGCGUUAUUGUAGCAUAAACAUGUACAUAGUAUAUUCUCACAGUGUAUAUGCUAGAAAAAACUUUUGGAGAACCAUAAAGUAUGUAUGUCAUCAUCCAAUCUACCUACUCAUCAGAAAGCACCAUCACUCUCUUUAUAUUGUAAAUCUAUGAAGUCCUGAAACUGCUGUGUAGCUGGAGCUUUGCUCCACUAGAGUAAGAGGAAUGUGAGCUGGCUUCUGUGCCGUGAUGGUGCAACUUUCUUUUGCCCCAUUACCACCCUGUUUGGAUAUACUGACACUCAUAGACCACUUUCAUAUGGCCAUAAUAUAAAAUGCAUUUUAGAUUCCACAUUAUAGAUACAGUACUUAGAUUUUCUAAAAAACCUAGGUUUUGUCCAGUAGAACCUCAGGAGGUCUGGAUAUUGCUGUCAUAAUAUGAAUGCUAAAAUAUGCCUACAUUACAUUCAUGUGAAAGCAGCCCAAGGCUAGUAGUGGAGUGUUAAACAUAAGGUUUUCAUAGGUUACGGUUAGUGUUAGUACGAUUCACAUUAAGUAUACUCUAUGAAUGGCAUUUAUAUAGUCCAAUGUCAGAUAAAAAGCAAAAACAGCUUGUGCAGGUUCAUUUCCUAAUAAUAAUUCCAUAUGAAUAAUGUUAAUGGAGACACACAAGUGUUGUUGAGUGGUAUUUAAUCUUAUAUUUCAUUAUGUGGAUGCAUCAUACACACUCAAAUUAUAUAUAUGACCUAUAUACUGUACGUAAUGGGCAACUUUGCAUGUAAAUAGUGAGUUGAUGAAGCUACAACACAAAAAGAGUUUACUUGUAAGAACUGUAUUGUAGAUUUAUGUGAACAUUUUAUGUAAAAUGGAUAUAAGAGGCUAUAGACUGUAAAAAAAAAAGCAUUUAUAUCUAUAUGUAUUUUAUUCCUCGUAGCAAAUGAUUUACCAAGCACUUUUUUGAUGAACUGUAAUAAAGUAAAAGCAAUAUUAUAAAUAACACCUUUUUGGAUUUGGAGGGGCCAGGAUAAUUACAAAGAGCACAUCUUGUGGUAAGUGGGUCAUGCUGUAUGUGGACAAGAAAAUUGAAGAGACUGUACUGUACAUACAAAAGAUUACCUUAUGUAAUGUAGUCUAUAACAAGCACUUUGGGACAGGAAAAUAUGAAUAUGUCUUCCAAGACACUAUAGAACCGUUUGUACAUAAUUAAUUAUAUGUAAUCACGUAUAGAUUUCAGCAGCAUUUAUCAGACUGUAUAUCUGGAUGAUUUGUUUAUUUUUAUUAUACACAUUUUUUUAUUGUAAGUCAUCCAAUGUUUUUAACAUUUUUCUAUUAAUAUGUAUAAUUUUAUGAUUUUUCACAGUUAUGUUUCUUAUAAUCGUAAGUUAUUUUGUCUUGUUUCAUGAAGUUCUUUUUAUUGAAAAGUACAAAUGAAGGGUUUGUGUACAUUCAACACAA